AUGAUUGGCCAGGAAGAUAUUUUCUUUUUGUUUUUUUCGAGGCCAGCAGCAGCAGCAGCAGCAGCAGCAGCAGCGGGGCCAGCAGCAGCAGCAGCAGCAGCAGCAGCAGCGGGGGAGGCGGACUUGGAGGAGCUCGAGCUGCUUCCCAAGGAAAAAAAAAAGAAAUUCAAACACUUCAUCAACCAGUUCGACCUCAUCGUCUGCGACGCCAACGGGAACCGCGUGGCUGCGGGGGGCCACUGCGUGUCAGUGCGGGGGUCUGAGGGCGCGAGGGUUUUGAGGGUUUGCGACGAAGGCGAGGGUUUGUAUAAAGUGUUUUACGUGGUUAGGGUUUCGCAGCAGCUGCUGCUGGCAGCAGCAGCAGAACACUUGCGGCUGGCGGACACAGUGGCGCAGCAGCUCACUUUCCAGCAGCAGCAAGCCUCCACCGCCCUCGUCCGCCAGUGCCAGGGCUUAGGGUUUGUGGCGUACAGGGUUUGGGGCUUACGAUUCCCGAUUAAGCGCCGAGGGUGGGCCUCAAUCAAUCUUUUUGAGAAGUGUUUGCGGGAGGGACUUCAUGACAAGGCAGCCCGCAUCUUGGAGGCGGUUCAAAACACCUUCACAUCUGAAGAGACGCGGCGGGAAGUUGAGGAGGGUCUGGCUCGGAUAAAGUUGGGAGAAGCCCUCGGCGAGGGUUUGGCAGCGCAGCUGCAGCAGGAGGCGGAGGAGGAGCAGCAGCUGCAGCAGCAGCAGCAGCAGCAGCAGCAGCAGCAGCAGCAGCAGCAGCUGCCGCUUUCUCUUAAAGAAAGAGAAGAGCUGGAACACAAAAGAAUGAAGCACAUGCAGAAGCAGUGGGAAGAAGUGCAGCACGUGAGGGAACUGCUGCUGAAGCUGUCAGGGGACGGAGAGCGGCAGCAGCAAAUUAUGAAGUUGUUUACGCAGCUGAUGCUGCAGUCGCUGCUGCGGACGCAAACCCGCAGUUUGCGUCUCCUGGCCGAAAGAAACGACCUCUCGCGGCUGCGGGAGGAGAACUUGCUGCCGCUGGCGGGCAUGCUGCAGCAGCAGUACAUUCAGCAGUUUUACAAAAUGACAAAACAAAUAAUUAAUUUCGUUUCUUCUUUGAAAGAAAGACAAUUCUUCAACCUCGAAGAACUCCUCGUCACCUACGGCAAAAUCGCCGACGAGCUGCGGCUGCUGCAGCGGUUCUCGCUGGCGGACACCUUCGAAGAACUGGCGAGCUGUAUAUACACCGAAAUCCAACUCCAGGGAAUGGAAAAAGGAAUUAAAUGGAAAGAUUUGCUGCUGCAGCAAACUGAGCAGCAGCUGCAGCAAAAGGAAGCAGCUUUAGAACUUGUUCGCAGCAAAAUCCAAAACAAACACAAAAACAUUCCCAAACUCGCGCCCCACGAAGUCGCCGAACUCUGCGUGUACAGACAGAAGACGCGCUGUCUCUACGGGAGGGGGCCCUGGGCCCUUUGA